AUUUUGAAAAUGUUGACCCGGAUGUAGCUAGCCAGUUGUGGUUGCGCGGAGCCAGCGGUUGUCUUCACCCCCCCUGCCUCUUCUGUCACAGGACAACAACCCUUCAGGCAGAGUAAAGCUUCUAGGCUUCAAUAGAGACAAGUCUUAUCCCCGCUGCUGUGGGCUACGACUCGUUACACAGCGGAUGCGUGUCAGUCACACACAGUGAGAUGCCCAGAAAGUCGCGCCUGGCCAACACAGCCCGUUGUAGCUUUUGCACAGAUUUUUGAGCAGCAUCGCCGUGGUACUCCUUUCACCAGCUCUAGCCGGCUGGCGAGGUGUGAAAAGUCAGUGUCAUGACUGGAGCUGAGACUGAGGAUGAUAUUCCAUUAAGUGAAAGAAAGACUGUCACUGAUUUCUGCUAUCUCUUGGACAAGUCCAAACAACUCUUCAAUGGGCUAAGAGACCUUCCUCAGUAUGGACACAAGCAGUGGCAAUCCUACUUUGGACGGACAUUUGAUGUCUACACCAAGUUGUGGAAAUUUCAGCAGCAGCACAGGCAGGUUCUGGACAGUCGAUAUGGCUUGAAGAGAUGGCAGAUUGGGGAAGUUGCAUCUAAAAUUGGACAGCUAUACUACCACUACUACCUUCGUACCUCAGAGACAAGUUACCUGAAUGAGGCCUUUUCCUUCUACUCAGCCAUCCGUCAGCGAUCCUACUAUUUCCAGGUUAACAAAGAGGACAGGCCAGAAUUAGUAGUGAAGAAACUUCGAUAUUAUGCUCGAUAUAUAGUUGUCUGUUUACUGCUGAACAAGAUGGACCUAGUCAAAGUUUUGGUGAAGGAGUUAUCUGAGGAAAUUGAAGAUUACACACAGAGAUUCAACACAGAGGACCAAUUGGAAUGGAACCUGGUUCUACAGGAAGUGGCAGCUUUUGUGGAGGCGGAUCCGGUGGUAGUUCUGAAUGACAGCAAUUCUGUCAUCGUCACCAGCAAUCGUCUGCAGGAAGGAAGCGUGCCUCCACUGGAACAAGGCAUGGUGGUGGGGCAGCUCGUCCUUGCAGAUGCACUAAUCAUCGGCAACUAUAACAACCAGGUAAAGUUCAGUGAAUUAACCAUCGAUAUGUUCCGUAUACUUCAAGCUUUGGAAAGGGAACCUGUAAACCUGGCUACACAGACCUCCAAACAAGGAACACUGGAGCCCAGUGAGAAGCCAGCUAAACGAGAAAACCCUCACAAGUAUUUGCUGUACAAGCCAACAUUCAGCCAGCUUUUUACUUUCUUGUCUGCCUCUUUUAAGGAAUUACCUGCCAACAGUGCUCUGCUUGUCUACCUGUCAGCGACUGGAAUCUUCCCUACUGGGCAUUCAGAUUAUGAAGGACCAUACGAUUUUGGAGGAGUUCUCACAAACACAAAUCGAGAUGUGGUGAAUGGAGAGACGGUGCAGAAGAGGAAUCAGGCACAGAAAGAAAUGCACUGCCUUCAUCCAGGGGACUUAUUCCCUUUCACCCGGAAGCCACUUUUUGUCAUUGUGGAUUCUGCAAACAGCACAGCCUACAAGAAUUUCACAAAUCUAUUUGGCCAGCCUCUGGUGUGCCUACUAUCACCUACAGUAUAUCCCAAAAGUGUACAGGAUCAGUCCCAGCGUGGGAGUCUCUUCACUCUGUUCCUCUACAGCCCACUCUUGGCUUUCUCCUCUGUCUGUGGUUUAAGUAGCCUCCGACAAGGACUGUGGGAGAGGGCUCAGGAAUUUCUUCGCAAAGUCUACCGGGACAUUGGGCAGAUGAUAACUCGAUCACGGACCAUAGAUCAAGCCUUUUUGCAGUUUUUUGGUGAUGAGUUCCUUCGCCUGCUGCUGAUCCGCUUUGUGUUCUGUUCUGCUGCACUGCGACUGCAUAAACUGUUUCGGGAGUCCCGGAGCUUCCCAGAGUCGUACCCGGAGCUCCCCAAACAGGAGACAGUGGAGAGCAGCCUUCUACAAAAGCAUAUUUUGGAGCUGGCAGCCAUGCUGGAUGUGCAGAGCCUAUUUUGGGAUGAUUCACUAGAAGCCUACUAACAUCUUUGCAAAGGGCAAACUGGCACGUGUACAUACAGACUCAACUGCCAGAGCCCUCCCAGUUGUCUUACUUUUUUAAAGGUAAUGAUUCAGCACAUACAAGUUCGUGUCUUGCAUCUAACUGUUACCUGUGUAAACAAAUGUAGAGCAAUGUUCAAAUGUUCACAUACUGUAGUUACACCAGUUUAAUAUAGUGUAAAUUCCCCCAUUUGCCUGCCUCGUAAAUAUAAGCAUCAUGUCAGACAUAAGAGUAAACAAAUAGAUGAGAGGCUGAAAAAAACCUUCUCAACUCACCAUUCCUCCAUCCAGAUGCAAGAUUUAAAAGUGUAGUCUGUGACUUAAUUCCUCAUGUCAGAUAAUUGUAAAGUCGUUGGCAGCCUCGAUUGUGUGUGUAUUUUAAGUAAUAUUUAUUACUGUUUAAAGGAUCGAGAAUGGAAAAAUCCUGGGCAUCUUCCAGGUGUGACUUUAUCUAGUUGUUUGAAGGCAAAGCAAACUGAUGCUGAGAGCGAACAUGGUGCUAAACAAAGGUUUUCACUGCAUCAGGAAAUAUUAAAAACAACAGGAACACUAUUUGUACACUAAGUUGGAAUUUUAAAAACAUUCACCAAAAA